GAUAGCUCCAUGCCCACCAUUUUACAGAAUACGGGAUUGGCUGGAAUACCGAAGGAAGCGGGGCAGUAGUCAGAUAUGGGCGGAACCUCCCCUCUAGAAAGGCGGAGCACCCUUUGAAGAGCGAGAUGGCUUUGAAAGGUCAGAUUUAUUUCAAAGUACAAAGUUUGUUCUGUCUCUCCUGCUGCAAGCUCAACCUGCAAACUGAAAACUCAAGCUGUGUCCCUUCUGCCUAUCAUUGUUUGAAAGGAAAAUUUGUAAUCUGUAUGCAAAAUGCUGCAUUGGAUGUGAAUUUAUGACAUAUACUGAAUCAUUUCUUUCAAGUGUUUGGGGUUGAAUAAAGCAAUGUGUUAAAUUAGAUAAAAGCAAGGACACAGUUGAAGUGCUGAAGAAAGAGGGCACUAGUGUACAGCCCAGAUUGCAUCCUUGCACCGUCUGGAUUGGAGCUGAGGCGUCUGCGAACUGAGGGAUGCCAGGGUCUUCUGACCUGGGGACCACAGCUCUCUCUACCCCGACUCAGCGUCCGGCUCACCGCUGCCAGCACGACGUGCAGUGCACGCUUGAUCAAUUUACCUUGAUACACCUGUGAAGAACGGGGACUCGAUUUCCCUUAAAAACGCCUCCAGGGCGCGGGGCGGUCGUGGAGGACCCGCAGGAAGAGGUGGUGGGGAACGAGGCGUAGGCGGUGGACGAGCAGCGCUGGUGAGGGGGACCCAGUCGCGAGAGGCAGCGGCGGGCGUCCGGAGGUGCGUGCGGAGCCUGCGGGCGCGACCGGCGUGGGCACGCGGCUGCGGGCUGCGGCUGCAUCCUCAGCACGAUGGUCCGGCUCCUCUUGGUCUUCCCAGCGAUCUUCUUGGCGAUAGCGCUGCUCCCUAGCAGCCCCGGUAGGAAAAUGCUGCUGGCGGGAGCCUCGUCUCAGCGCUCGGUGGCCAGAAUGGACGGGGAUGUCAUCAUCGGAGCUCUCUUCUCAGUCCACCACCAGCCUCCGGCGGAGAAGGUGCCCGAAAGGAAGUGUGGGGAGAUCAGGGAGCAGUAUGGUAUCCAGAGGGUGGAGGCCAUGUUCCACACGCUGGAUAAGAUCAACGCGGACCCGGUCCUCCUGCCCAACAUCACCCUGGGCAGUGAGAUCCGGGAUUCCUGCUGGCACUCUUCUGUGGCCCUGGAACAGAGCAUUGAGUUCAUCAGGGACUCGCUGAUUUCCAUUCGAGAUGAGAAGGAUGGCCUCAACCGGUGUCUGCCCGACGGCCAGCCCCUGCCCCCGGGCAGGACUAAAAAGCCCAUUGCAGGUGUGAUCGGCCCAGGCUCCAGCUCCGUAGCCAUUCAAGUCCAAAACUUGCUCCAGUUGUUCGACAUCCCUCAGAUCGCCUAUUCUGCCACAAGCAUCGACCUGAGUGACAAAACUUUGUAUAAAUACUUUCUGAGGGUUGUCCCUUCUGACACUUUGCAGGCAAGGGCGAUGCUAGACAUAGUCAAGCGUUACAAUUGGACCUAUGUCUCUGCAGUCCACACGGAAGGGAAUUAUGGAGAGAGUGGAAUGGAUGCCUUCAAAGAGCUGGCUGCUCAGGAGGGCCUCUGCAUCGCCCACUCCGACAAAAUCUACAGCAACGCCGGGGAGAAGAGCUUCGACCGCCUGCUGCGCAAGCUCCGGGAGCGGCUCCCCAAGGCCAGGGUGGUGGUGUGCUUCUGCGAGGGCAUGACAGUGCGCGGGCUGCUGAGCGCCAUGAGGCGCCUCGGCGUGGUGGGCGAGUUCUCGCUCAUCGGCAGUGAUGGAUGGGCAGACAGAGAUGAAGUCAUUGAAGGUUAUGAGGUGGAAGCCAACGGGGGAAUCACGAUAAAGCUUCAGUCGCCAGAGGUCAGGUCAUUUGAUGAUUAUUUCCUGAAGCUAAGGCUGGAUACAAAUACGAGGAAUCCUUGGUUCCCCGAGUUCUGGCAACACCGGUUCCAGUGCCGCCUUCCAGGACACCUUCUGGAAAAUCCUAACUUUAAAAGAAUUUGCACAGGCAACGAAAGCUUAGAAGAAAACUACGUCCAAGACAGUAAGAUGGGGUUUGUCAUUAAUGCCAUCUAUGCGAUGGCACAUGGGCUGCAAAACAUGCACCACGCCCUCUGCCCUGGCCACGUGGGCCUCUGUGAUGCCAUGAAGCCCAUCGAUGGCAGAAAGCUCCUAGACUUCCUCAUCAAGUCCUCCUUCAUCGGCGUGUCUGGAGAGGAGGUGUGGUUUGAUGAGAAAGGAGAUGCUCCUGGAAGGUAUGAUAUCAUGAAUCUGCAGUACACAGAAGCUAAUCGCUAUGACUAUGUGCACGUUGGAACCUGGCAUGAAGGCGUGCUGAACAUUGAUGAUUACAAAAUACAGAUGAAUAAGAGUGGAGUAGUGCGGUCCGUGUGCAGUGAGCCUUGCUUGAAAGGACAGAUUAAAGUCAUACGGAAAGGAGAAGUGAGCUGCUGCUGGAUUUGUACCGCCUGCAAAGAGAAUGAAUACGUGCAGGACGAGUUCACCUGCAAAGCCUGUGACAUGGGCUGGUGGCCCAAUGCAGACCUGACAGGGUGUGAACCCAUUCCCGUGCGCUACCUUGAAUGGAGCAACAUUGAAUCUAUUAUCGCCAUCGCCUUUUCCUGCCUGGGCAUCCUUGUCACCCUGUUUGUCACACUCAUCUUUGUGCUGUACCGAGACACACCUGUGGUGAAAUCCUCCAGUCGCGAACUCUGCUACAUCAUCCUGGCUGGCAUCUUCCUUGGGUACGUGUGCCCUUUCACUCUCAUCGCCAAGCCCACCACCACAUCCUGCUACCUCCAGCGGCUGCUAGUCGGCCUCUCCUCUGCCAUGUGCUACUCGGCGCUAGUGACCAAGACCAAUCGCAUUGCGCGCAUCCUGGCAGGCAGCAAGAAGAAAAUCUGCACCCGGAAGCCUAGGUUCAUGAGUGCCUGGGCCCAGAUGAUCAUCGCCUCCAUUCUGAUUAGUGUGCAGCUGACCCUGGUGGUGACCUUGAUCAUCAUGGAGCCCCCCAUGCCCAUCCUGUCCUACCCAAGUAUCAAGGAAGUCUAUCUCAUCUGCAACACCAGCAACUUGGGUGUGGUGGCCCCCGUGGGCUACAACGGACUCCUCAUUAUGAGCUGUACUUACUACGCCUUCAAGACCCGCAAUGUGCCCGCCAAUUUCAACGAGGCCAAAUAUAUUGCCUUCACCAUGUACACCACCUGCAUCAUCUGGCUCGCUUUUGUGCCCAUUUACUUUGGGAGCAACUACAAGAUCAUCACCACUUGCUUUGCAGUGAGCCUCAGUGUAACAGUGGCCCUGGGGUGCAUGUUCACUCCCAAGAUGUACAUCAUCAUUGCCAAGCCCGAGAGGAAUGUCCGCAGUGCCUUCACCACCUCUGACGUAGUCCGCAUGCACGUUGGCGAUGGCAAGCUGCCCUGCCGCUCCAACACUUUCCUCAACAUCUUCCGAAGAAAGAAGCCGGGGGCGGGGAAUGCCAAUUCUAAUGGCAAGUCUGUGUCAUGGUCUGAACCAGGUGGAAGACAGGGGCCCAAGGGACAGCACAUGUGGCAACGCCUCUCUGUGCACGUGAAGACCAAUGAGACGGCCUGCAACCAAACGGCCGUCAUCAAGCCCCUCACUAAAAGUUACCAAGGCUCCGGCAAGAGCCUGACCUUUUCAGAUACCAGCACCAAGACCCUUUACAACGUGGAGGAGGAGGACGCCCGGCCGGUUCGCCUCAGCCCUCCCAGCAGCCCUUCCAUGGUGGUGCACCGACGCGUGCCACCCGCGGUGACCACGCCGCCCCUGCCACCCCACCUGACCGCGGAGGAGAACCCCCUCUUCCUUGCCGACCCGGCUCUCCCCAAGGGCUUGCCCCCUCCCCUGCAGCAGUCACCCCAGCAGCAACCGCCCCAGCCGAAAUCCCUGAUGGACCAGCUUCAGGGAGUGGUGGGCAACUUCGGCGCGGGGAUCCCAGACUUGUGCGCCGUGCUGGCCGGGCCCGGGGCGCAGGGGAGCGGGCUGCGCCCCCUGUUCCCGCCCCCGCCUGCCCCGCAGCACCUGCAGAUGCUGCCCCUGCAGCUGAGCACCUUCGGGGAGGACCCAGCCUCCCCGCCCGCGGAGGACGACGACGACAGCGAGAAGUUCAAGCUGCUGCAGGAAUACGUGUACGAGCACGAGAGGGAAGGCAACACGGAGGAGGACGAAGUGGACGAGGAGGAGGAGAACCCGCAGGCGGCCAGCAAGCUGACCCCGGAGGACUCCCCGGCCCUGACGCCCCCGUCACCUUUCCGAGACUCGGUGGCCUCGGGCAGCUCGGUGCCCAGCUCGCCCGUGUCGGAGUCGGUGCUGUGCACCCCUCCCAAUGCGACCUACGCCUCUGUCAUCCUGAGGGACUACAAGCAGAGCUCGUCCACCCUGUAGAGAGGAGGUGUCCUCCCGGGGAAGCAGGAUAAGCCGGAGAGCUCCCACCCCUCCUGAGAUGUGCGGAAAGCCAGGAGGAGAAGGCGGGAGAGGAGGGCCGAGGGGGGAGAGAAGGAGCGGAGCGAGCUGCUGCUGCCUUAGGGAAGGAGAGAGGGAAAGAUCCCGAGCAGUGAUCCAGGCCAGGAUGUGGAUCCUUGAAUUAUUCAAAAGCCUUCUCUAGGAGGAAAGGGAAUUCUGACAAAGCACAAUUCCAUAUGGUAUGUAACUUUUAGCUCAAAAAAUAAAUAAAAUCCACAAAAAUAUUCUCUCUUGCACAAUCGUGCAUCCAUAUAUCCACCCGCACACACUUGGCCAUGCUUGGGAAGAGACAGCACCUGUGGACGUGGACGCGCCAGUUGAAUCAUCAGUUCCUAUCCUGGCAUUCCUGGGGAGGGCCUGGAGCCAGGCAGGGCGGGAGUGCGGGGAGAGGGACACCCAGGGACCAGGUGAUGGGACAGCAGCUCCUCCUGAGGAGCCCUUCUCCCUCCUGAGCCUUCGGAGUCCUAAUGUCCCGGCGAUUCAGGAACCGACCCUAACGGGGCCGCUCCUCACCUGCUGCUGUCACCCGGAGCCAGCCUUGCUACUGCACUUGGAGAAGGGUGCCCAGUCACCCCGAGGCUCUGGGAUUUCACUCUCUUUAGGAAAAGAGGAAUGAGAGCAAAAUCUCACCAACAAGCACUUCAUUGGGAGUGGUACGGGAAGAACCAAUGAGAAGUCCCAUGGGACUGAAGCGUGGGUCUUUGAGAAAAAACAGUCUGCACAACCACUGUCUCAUACUUGAGGUUGCUUAUUGGUGGUUUGGAAAAAGACAAGAACAGAAAAUUGUUUUGAGAGUGACAGAAACGUUUGUGGAUUCAUUUGUGCUUGGGCCAAGUGGACUCGCCAUUGCCCUUCAGUUAAACAGAACAAACCAUGUGGCAGAAGUGUUACCUUCCCUUUAUCGUAGCAAAUAAAACCAACCAGUUGGACUUUGAAGAUUCAGCAUAUGUACAAUGUGGUGCCAUUCUUUCUCCUAUGUACUACAGAAUCAAAUCCAUCUUUGAACCUAAGGUGUACUCAUAGCAACUAUUACCGGUUUAAAUGACAAGUAACUCUUUCCUAUUGUCAUUGGAGUCCUUGUAACUAGUGAGUAAAUGUGUUCCUGUGUCCUUGUAUUCAUGUGACUAUAAAACUUGUGCAGUGUAAUGUCAACCUACUUCAACUGGAGGAUUGUCUUUUGGAUAUAGUAUAGACAUUUUUAUGUUUCAAUAAUGUUUUAUAUAUCGUUGCCACCCAUAUAUGCAGAAGUUCUUUGAAGGUUUGAGUACUAUGAUCCAAUGUUUUUCAAAUGCAGCUCAAAUGAUAAUUCUUCUUCUAAGAGGGAAUGUAUUUUUCAGAAAUUUUAUGGUGUGGAAAUGUUAUUAAUGAAGCAGUUUGAAAAUCUAUUGUAUAGAGGGUCAUAAAUUCUGUGGAUGACAAAAGGUACAUUUUAUAAACUUACACACAUCAUUAUUAAAACAUAAGAUUAAAAAGACAGUAUUUAGAUUAUUUCAGGUUAUUUUAGUUUUUUAAAAAAGAUUUACCAUAGCUAAUUGAACUUUAUCUUCCUUUAGUAUACAACAUCCAAGUCUAGUCAUGAUUUCUCAAGUAUUAGUCAUUAAUCACAUUUUUGCCUUCUUUUAAUUUUUAUUUUCAUAUUUUUUUUUGCUAUCAUAACUUUUCUUUAUGAUUCUCUCAUUUGCUGCUGCGUAAUAUUCAUGUACAUGUAAUACAGUUAUUCUAUUUUUGUGCUCCUUUAUUAUCCCCAAUAAAAAAUUUUUUCUUGGUGUUUAUUUCGUCUAUUAUUUGUGGAAUGAAUCCUAUCCCCUUAAAAAUUUUUGUUUAUGCCUUAUGUGUAGUUAUAUUUUAAAAUACUUUCUUCAUAUUGAUGCUGCCAAUGAUGGUGUUGAUUUCUCACCCAAAAAUCAUCUUAGAAUCUUUAAAUAUUGACUGCAUUAUUUAUUCAGAAUUUAACAUCAACUCCAACUUUGGAGCUUGUUUCUUAUGUUUUACCAUAUUCUAUCACCAAGUUUAGUCAGUUCUAUCAAGAAUAAACUGCCUUUCCUUUACAAAAUUCUUUUAAAAUGCCUUUACUGAAAAGACCUCAUGACUAAAAUGUGAAUUUCAGUUCUAUGUUUUCAUUGUACUGAAGCAGAAUGAGAAAAAUGGAUAGUUCCAUUCCUUUAAUAGAUGGAUUUCUACUAAUUGGAAUCCUUACAAAAGGAUACAUAUUAUACCUUAUUAGUGAAACACGGUCUUUUAAUCUUAAAGCCACUAAUAUAUGUCCUUAAUAUUUGAGUACUUGUACAUUCAGAUUUUUUAAAAGUCAAAUUAGAUAAGAAAAAUGAUUUCUAUUGAACUGAUGUAAGAUAUUAGUUUGUUCUGAGGUUUUUGGUCUGAGACAUUUGGUGAACACAUUCAACACUGAUUACAAUAUUACUCUGAAUGCCUACUAAUAUCAUGAUUAUGAGUUUUCCUAAAUAAUUAGAGUAUUAGCUCUUAUAUCAUAAUUAUUCAAAACUGGAGAUGUACACAUACAUACUCUGUAACAAAAUGGCAGAAACUCUUCACUAUAAUGUAUGUGAUUGUACAAGUUGUUCUGCUUCUUGUAAAAGUGUUUUCCUUUGGCUUGUUACUGCCUUUUGUCAAAUAAUCAAAAAUAAUGCUGUAUAAUAAAUAUUUUCUAUUUA